GGGUGAUCCGUGGUCUUUAGUCCUCUGGGUUGUGCAGAGCUAAGCCUGCUCCUCACCAAGACUGUCCUCCCCAACCUCCAGGUUGUCCUAACCAGGAUGGUACCAUGGAUGGAAUCAGGUAGCUCAGCCUUCCAAAUGCUGGGCACCGUGGCUGCAGCCUGGUGGCUUCUGCGGAUAGCCUGGUGGCUGGGCCAUGCCCUGCUCGUCUAUGGGCUGCCCCAGGUUGGCCUGGGCCUUGGGACCUCUUUCAGGAAGCACGGAGCCUGGGCAGUGGUAACCGGGGCCACAAGUGGAAUCGGCAGGAGCUAUGCUCAUGAGCUGGCUCGAAGAGGCCUCAACGUGGUACUGGUCAGCCGAGAUCUAAGCAAGUUACGUCGGGAGGCAGAGGACAUUGCGAAACUCCAUGGGAAGGAGACAAGAGUCAUCCAGGCAGACUUCACUGGGGGCUUAGAAAUCUAUGAGGCAAUUGAAACAGCCCUGGAGGGCCUAGACAUCGGCGUUCUAGUCAACAAUAUUGGUGUAGCUCCCCAGAAAAUCCCUGGGAAGCUCCUGAAUUUGGAGAAUGCAGGCAAGAGCUUAACAGACAUGAUGAAUUGUAACAUGCUGUCAAUGGUUCAGAUGACCCGGAUCAUCCUGCCUCAGAUGGCAGCCAGGGGCCGUGGAGUGAUCAUCAACAUAUCCUCUGAGGCUGGCACACAGCCUGCCCCAUUCUUGGCUUUAUAUGGGGCCACGAAGGCCUUUAUCAAUAGCUUCUCUCAGGCUGUGGCCUUGGAAUACCAGUCUUCUGGAGUCAUCAUCCAGACUAUUACCCCUCUGAUAGUUUCCAGCAACAUGAGCCAGAUAUCCCCCAGAAAAUUCUUGGUGAAAUCUGCAGAUGACUUUGCCAGAGAAGCCUUGGACACUGUGGGAGUCACUAACUUCACCACAGGCUGUUUCAUACACUUUGUCCAUGUGAGUGACUGGGGUGCCCACUGGGUUGAGCUAAGAGGGAAGGUGUCCAGACUGACUCCUAGCUGGAGGGGUUGGCUGAGGAGGGAAGGAAACAAGCAUCCAUCAAGCAUCUGUUACAUGCCAGCUCUGAGUCCUCCUUUUGGAAAGGAUGAGCUCCUGGACCUGUGA